UCAUUAAUAUGAUUACUCUCCAUUUUAGUGUCCAGAAUGCGCCAUCGGUGGAAUCUAUGGGGUGUUGACCAGGAGGCGUGGUCAUGUGUUUGAAGAGUACAGAGUCAUGGGAACACCGAUGUAUAUCGUGAAGGCCUACUUGCCUGUCAAUGAGUCAUUUGGUUUCACAGCUGACCUGCGCUCCAACACUGGUGGUCAGGCCUUCCCGCAGUGUGUAUUUGACCACUGGCAGAUCCUCCCAGGAGACCCAUUAGAUGCUGCAACCAAGCCUGGUAUAGUCGUCACUGAAACACGCAAGCGCAAAGGGCUCAAAGAAGGUGUCCCUGCUUUGGAUAACUACCUGGACAAGUUGUAAAAGGACACUGCUUGGAUCGUGCCUCAUUUCACUUACCAACACAUCUGGCUUACAUUGUGAGGCAUAACUGUACAGAACAGUGAACAUGUUUACCUAAAGGAU